AUGAAAAUCUUACUCUUGCUUGUUGUUCUGCUUGCUUCUUUAGUCUAAGCUAAGAUAUAUGCUCCUUACUGUAGAUCUAGGCCUCAAAAUGUUCGUUACUGUAGAAACGAUGAUAGUUGCAGAUAUGCUGACGAAUAAUGUAACAGAGGACAGUGCUAAAUCAUAAGAAGACUCUAUAAUAAUAACCCUUGCAGAAACUUUGAUGACAAUGGCUAAUCUGGUUUGUGUGCUGCUACUUUAUGCCCAAGAGGCACAUAUUGUAGAGACGGUGCUUGCUACAGAAGAUGA